AUGAAUUUCAGCAGCCAGGACGCGUUCGACAAUGUGACCGUCGAGUCCCUCCUCACGCUCGCCGGGGUCAUCGAUGGCGACAAGAUCGCGCCGGAAGGACUAGAGUACAGGAUCCUACAGGCCCAACUGGGCUACCUCCAGCGCAAACCACGCGCAGAGCAGACAAAAGUCCACAGUGAGGUCGCUGCGAAGCACCUACCAGCUCUGGCUGACAAGUUCAGAAACGAAACUGGCGCACUCAACCCCGUGAUGACACUACUGAACGUGAUUUCACCCUACUUUGUUCGUUUUCUCAAGACACCAGGUGGACGAGGUAUCGCGGCUUUACAGACCAAACGCACGGCCGAAGAUGCCGCUGAUAUCGAGAAGAUGGACGUCGACAGGGUCGGCGAAGUCGGACAGUUUCUAGCGACUAUCUUGCUACUGCAGGGUACUUCCGAUGUAGACGAAGCAGAUAAACGGGCUCUCAUACCCAAGCUGAAAGCAUGGGAGAGAUCUUUCCGCGGCCGACUCGCUUCGGAGACCAGUGGGCGGUGCAUCGCGAUAUUGGCAGAUGACCCUGGUAUGCGUGGAGCCAUGGCCCAUGUCAAGAAGAUGCUCGAAGGACAACUGCACCAGUGCGGUGGGUCAGGUUGCAGUCUUACUUCUCGGCCAACCGGAGGGGAUCUGCUCCAAUGUUCAAGGUGCAAAUCAGCUGUCUACCCGGGAACACCAAAAGCAAGCAUGGCCUUCGCACAAGCCGUCUUGCUUCCAAGCUGCGUUCUGAUGAGGUCCUUCUGUGGGCGAAACGUAAUCCCACCGCCUAGCGCGGGGCGCGCUGCACCGCACCACCAGACCCCGCUUCCAGCUGCAAUGGAUUCCUACCCCGAACCGCUCGAGCAGGCCUUCCAAAGAGUGGAAGCAGAGGCUGAACGACGUGCUCAAGAAGAGCUGGCGGCCGCAAAGCGAAAUACCGGUGCACCUGCAGCAGCUUUUGCUACUGAAGUACGACGGCGUGGAAGCAUCUCGUUUUCGAAGCUUGGCGAGCUCGCGGCGGCAGGUCUGAAUAGCGGUCCUCCAAUGUCAGUAAUCCCCGCCUCGAAAGCCGGCUUCUACGAGGAUCAGCUGAACCGUAGCUUCGACUCUUUCAGCUCAGCGCAUUUGGGUCAGGAUGCCGAUACGGAAGAAGACAACGGCAUUACGCAGCUGCACAUUAUGGGCGGGCGGCAGUCUAUGUCUAUCGCCAAGGUUGUCGGCAAUUUACUUCCACGGAAACUGAGCAGGGCCAGUGAGGCGAAUACGAUCACCAAUGUGGUGAUCGGGGUUUCGGUUGAAGAAGCAGCCAUAUUAGAGAGUCAAGACCUACAACCAGUCGCUGGCGCCGUGGUAUCUGGUCCCAUUGGCCCUAGAGGCCAGAAACUUGGGUCGGCGGAGUCCUCGUUGCCUGGGCGCUGGGUGGGGCGCUUCUCAGACUACCGCAGACCCCCGGCGAAACAAAAGCAGACAACCGAAGAUCCUGCAAAUCUCGAUAUAAAAUGCAAGCUAGACCGAUCGUGUGGUGCCGUGGCCAGUCGAUUUUGCCUCAAAACCCUUCUCGGCCGUAGCUUCCAGCAAUCUCUCCUCCCCCCAGCCUUAUCACCCUCAUACCUCAUAUCCGCCCAUCGUGCCAUGAUUGAGGUAGCGCGAGGCGAGUAUAUAGCAUCGACCAGCAACCUUGCUCAUUUGCAAUCGCAAAUACCAGAGCCUAUACAUUCCUCUCAGUUUCAGAUGUAUAGCGAUGUUCUUACCCCAGCCGAUAUCCUCUUCCUCAACUCCCUCGAAUUCGCGUCGCCUGAUUUCAAGCAACCGCUACCAUACGAUGUCGGUACUUCCCUCGACGAACAGAGUGUUUGGGAAGACGAACAUCCGCGGGGUACCCUUGCUGGAUCGUUGGAUCCAACGAUGCUUGAUAUCGGGUUCGACUGCUCGUGCCUCGACAACCUUGAUGAGAAGCUGCUCGUGAGCCCCAUUGAGUCCUUUGCCGACACCUGCUGGGCCUCCGCCGUUCACGACGACCCCUUGCCCCGAUCGCCGCGACGCCACUAUCCCCAAAUCCACACCAACCUAGGCCUUAUUCAUUCGCUAAGCGACUCGGAUUCAGACGACGAGACAUGUCAUGACACUCCUAUCUCUCCUUAUGGUAAAUUUGGAGAUAUUUCGGGCAUAUUUGUACCGACACACACCCACGAUAUGUCUAAAGACCGUGCCUCACACCUUCCUGGCGAUUAUUACGACGACGGCGAAAAGUCGCUUAUAUGGACGCAGCCGCACUUCACUACGUCGGAUCCAAAGCAAUCGAUUGGGUUCUUCCCCAUCCCGGCUUCCACAGCCUCGCGACGCAAUGCACCUAGGAGACCCGGAACGAGGGGGAUAGAGCGCAUUAUGACCAUAUGCACAAACUUGAUAAGGCUACCUUCAUAG